ACAGAUGAACUGUCGAGCACAUUCACAAAAAUGUCCUGGCAAUGUCUGCCUGACUUCACAAGACUCUUGGAAACCACAGGAGAAGCACGUCACCUCAGAAAUACACUGACAUGGAGUUUUAAACAAGCGAAGCAGACAUGAUCCUUCCAGAAGACUUCACUGCAGCUGACCGAGCGCUCGUUUGACACUUACAGCGCGCUUCAGCUCUUAUUCAACAUUUUUUUCUUCAUCUUUUACUUUUUUUUAACUGGACUUAUUAGUCAGGCUGGACAUCCGAAAUGAAGAACCCACAUCUAAACAGUCCCUGCAAGAUCCUGAACACGGUGUCAGGAGACAAGAAGAUGAAACGGAAAGCACGAGAGCCAAUUAAGCAUGUCAGUGAGGAUCAUUACCCUUACUUUAAACUCUACAAAAACCCGCAUCUAAUGGCAGAGACACUUGGAGACGGUAGUCCGCAAGAAACGCACAGGUCGGAAAUCAUCACGUCGAGGGAUGACAGUGUCAGAAACGACGUUUUGAAUACCGCCGUAGACAUGAGGAUUAACACCAUAACUGCAGCAGAAGUACCUGACUCGAAAUUAAGAUCCGUCUCCGAAAAGACUGUCAACAGCAAAAUAGUUCAGGCAAGUCCUCAAGUGUCUGUUUUGAGCGCUCCGCAGGUUUUUCCUUUGGAGCGGGUUGUGUUGUCUCAGCGCGCAGCCUCUCAGGCGCCUGCAGGCGGGAGCGAGCGCGCGGAGUCGCCUAGGAAACGCGCUGGAGAGCCGUCUGGCGUCGUCACGGAGAUCAAAGCCAUUCAGCAGACUCGGAGGCUACUGGCGAACGCGCGCGAGAGAACGCGCGUGCACACCAUCAGCGCAGCCUUCGAGGCGCUCAGAAAGCAGGUACCCUGCUACUCUUAUGGGCAGAAGCUUUCCAAGCUGGCUAUAUUAAGAAUAGCUUGCAACUACAUACUGUCCCUUGCUCAGCUUGCAGACCUGGACUAUACACCAGACCACCGCAACAUGAGCUUCAGAGAGUGUGUGGAGCAGUGCACUAGAACUCUACAGGCAGAGGGUCGCUCCAAGAAGAGGAAGGAAUAAAAUGAAGAAAGUCUUCUGUGAAUCUGGAGCAAGAAGGACCUCGAACCAUGAAGACAUUUUCCCAAUGAGGGUAAACCCCUAUAAUGAAAGUGUAAAAUAGGUUUUACACUGCACUAUAUUGACUAAAGCUAAGGUUACUACAGCAAACUAGGUUCUGCUGUUGAACAACAUUUUGCACAGCAGAAACAUUUUUCAAAUACAGAUGACGUGAUAUCGGUUUCAUUUUUCAAUGUUGCAUGGUUGGUUGCAGCAGUCACAUACUGUCUAUUUAUUUGAGAUUUGCAGUGUUCCUACACAGUAAAACACCUGCUUAAAAUGUCCUGCCUUAUCAUGUGUGCAUUUUUCUUUUUUUUCUUGUAAUUCAUCUAAUUAAGCUAUUCUUUAUUGUAGCAGUUACAUUAUAAACACUGAUAUAAAUGAAAACGGCAUAUGAUGAACUGAAAACUGUCUCCCAUUUGGCUUGUAUUAACAUUUGUUCUCGUGCUUGUAAACAGGAGUCUGUGCUUUGAAAAAUGUGCGCUCUGGCUUUGCCAACCAUUUGUUUAUGUUAGUCUGUAUUUCAUAAAUGUAUUUACUGUCGAAAUACUUCAAUGUAGUGCAAGAAUUCAUCUUCAUUACUGAGGAACUGCUUAUAUCAGCAAUAACAAAAUGUUGGUGACCUUCCAAAAACACUAAACUUCAAGAGGAAACAGACCUGGACAUAAUGACCUGACCUGGGAUCCCUAUCAGCAGGUCACACUCAGCUACAACAUCAACAUGAAGGAUUUAGUUAUGCCAAAGUCAGUAUUGUGUGUUGCUCAAAUAGGGUUCAAAUAAAAGUUGCCAAACAUGUAUCGCAAACAUGAGAGUCACUGCAAUAAUGAUAGACUGUUCAUGUAUUUGCUUGUUUAAAUGCAACUGGCAACUCUUCUUUAGGUCAACCAGUGUAAAUAAUGUAUUUAAAUGUAUGCAUUUGUUAUGAAUUAAAGCUUUACACUUUCUGUUCCA